AUGUCUUUCGAAAUUCCAUCACCAUUCCAAUGGGACGAAUCUUUCUGUGUUGGUAAUGCCGAAAUUAAUGAACAACACAAGAAGCUCUUCCAAUUGAUCAAUGCUUUGGAUGCCGAUAGAACCAAUGGAGCAGUUUUGAAGGAAUUGCUCGAUUACGUUGUGAUGCACUUUAAGACUGAAGAGGAUGGUUUUGACAGAGUCGCAUGGGACCAAAAGGAUGCUCACAAGGAAGUUCACGACAACUUUGUCAAGACUGCUGUUUCCUUGACUAGUGUGGAUGAUGGUGUCAUUCAAUUCAUCAAGCAAUGGCUUGUCGAUCACAUUAAGGGAAGCGACAUGAAAUACAAGGGUGUUUUUCACAUUGGAUUGAUGACCAAAACCUUUGUCGAUCGAUUCACCAAAGAUCCCUUGUUUGAUGACUCUUUCUCUUACACGACAGAAUAUGGUGGAGCUGUCUAUGUCGUCACUUCACAAUAUCAAGACGGAAACAUGAAAGAAGUGAAUGAACAAGUCGACGACAACGACGUGAAUGAAUCGUUCAAUAACAUGCCAGGUGAUCAGCUUGCGAACAAGUAUGGAUUGGCCUAUAUCGGGUAUAACCAGCACGAGUGGCAAGUGUGGAGUCAUCAAUAUGGUGGAAUGUUAACUCGUCAUCAGGUGAAGCCUGUGAACAAGCAAGGAAUUGCACAAUUUUUGAAACACGUCCACGAUCACAUGGACCAAUACAGGUUGUUGCAAGGACCUUCACAGAGUGACGAGAGUUUGGUCAUCCCCUGUGAGAUCAUCGAUAGAAGGACCUCCAAAUAUUAUUUUUGGGUCGAUGGGGUAGAAGAGAUGAACAACAGUGAUCCUCAACAAGACGAAGACAACAACCAGGAGGAAGAAUAA